UUGCCUUUAAAUGGUAACGAGGAAAGAGAGCGGGAACACGUACAGCUUUCUUUGCUCCUUUUCUACUUAAGCGUCCUAUAGGGUUUCAUUCCUUCAUCUCAUUACUCUUCUUUUUCUCUCUUUACCUGUUCUCUUUUUUCUCUUUGUUUUUGAGAUCUGUGCGUUUUUUCCUUUAACUUCUUGAAAGCUUCAUUCUGGAAGAGCUUGAAACCGUUGCAGUGAUGGCUCCACCAAUUGAGACUCCAACCAAGCCCUCUGACUCUCACUACUCUUCACAUCCUCCUUUGAAUGAAAGGAUCCUUUCAUCAAUGACCAGGAGGUCUGUUGCUGCUCACCCAUGGCAUGAUCUUGAGAUUGGACCUGGAGCUCCGAUGGUUUUCAACUGUGUAAUUGAAAUUGGGAAAGGGAGCAAGGUGAAAUAUGAACUUGACAAGAAAACCGGUCUGAUCAAGGUUGAUCGUGUGCUUUACUCAUCAGUUGUUUAUCCUCACAACUAUGGUUUCAUCCCUCGUACCCUUUGUGAAGACAAUGAUCCCUUGGAUGUCCUGAUUAUUAUGCAGGAACCAGUUCAACCAGGAUGCUUUCUUCGGGCAAAAGCUAUAGGUCUGAUGCCUAUGAUUGAUCAGGGUGAGAAAGAUGACAAGAUUAUUGCUGUCUGUGCUGAUGAUCCUGAGUAUCGUCACUUCAAUGAUAUCAAGGAUCUUCCACCUCACCGUUUGGCUGAGAUUCGUCGCUUCUUUGAAGACUACAAGAAGAAUGAGAACAAGGAAGUUGCUGUUAACGACUUUCUGCCAGCCACUACUGCUUACGAAGCAAUCCAGCAUUCCAUGAAUCUGUACGCGGACUACAUUGUGGAGAGCUUAAGGCGGUAGUUGUUCAUCAUCAAAUCGUCUAAUCAUAGAAGACAUGAAUAUGUUACUGCUAUAUAUAUUAAGGUCCUUUUGCAUCUUUACAAGAAAUUCAACAUCCCCCUGUGCGUGCAGACCGCACCCUCCUCACACUGGCUUUUGCAAAACAGUAAAUGUGUGCUUAUCCCAUAUAGUAGACAUAAUUUCUAGGUGAAACGGUUGUUGGGUGUUUAUUACAAUUAUGCAAUGAUGAUGGCGAUAAUUUUGGAUAAUUCUCAAUGUAAUGACGGUGGCUAUAAAUUUUUUCAUUCGGUUGUCUCUUAAUAUUCUUUCGGUUGUAUAAUGCCAGUCACUUCUAUUUGCUGUUCCAUGUA